UACAGCGGAACCCUGUACAACACGACGGACGCAUUUUGACGCUACACAAAUAUGGCGGCUUACAUAUGCACGAGAUUUUGUGUAAACAAGUUCAAAGAUUCAGUUAGAUUUACUCAGCGACGGUUUCGAGUUAAAGCAAAAUGGGCACAAACGAGGGCAAAGUUUCCAUCCACGAAUAUUGCUCUGCAGAACUUUGAUACAACCUACAGUAUGCAGUUAGGAGACUUGUGGCCAUCAGUUCGAGUUGCCAUGCUGAGUGAACAAAAGUAUGGAGCACUGAUAAACAACUUCUCUUCAACAUCCAAUAAAAUAACAACAGACUUAGAAGCUCAAGGAUGUAGAGACUUUAUCAGACCUCAUCAACACUCAAAGGACUCCAUACCUCUACACAGAGAUGGUGCAGAACAAAAUGUGUUGAAACCUGCUGCCCAUGAACACAGUAUAAGUCCCGAUAUCAAAUGCCUUGUUUUUCCUCAAGGAGACAUAUCUAGAUUCAAACCCUCAAGACCAGACAGCUCUGGCUUAUUGGGGUAUUAUCUUCUGGAUGCUGCUUCAGUGCUGCCUGUAUUAGCUUUGGAUGUCCAGCCAGGACACAGGGUUUUAGAUCUAUGUGCUGCUCCUGGAGGGAAGACUCUUGCUCUUCUGCAGACACAUACAGUCAGUUAUCUUUGGGCAAAUGAUUUAUCAGGUUCUCGGACUGCACGGCUGCGCAAGACUUUACAGAGUUACCUGCCCAGAGAGUACCUGGAGGAAAACGAAAUUCAAAUCACUUCCUUUGAUGGUUGUAAAAUAGGCCCAACCGAGGAGAAAAGAUAUGACAAAGUGCUUGUAGAUGUUCCCUGUACCACAGACAGACACUCUGUAAUGGUGGAAGAUAACAAUUUAUUUAACAGGUCCAGGACCAAAGAGAGACAAAGGCUUCCCCUUCUGCAAACACAGCUUCUUAUGGCUGCGAUCCAAGCUGCACGACCAGGAGGAGACAUCGUGUACUCUACAUGUUCACUGUCCCAGCUGCAGAAUGAGUGUGUGGUGCAGCAGGCCAUACAUCUCGCUCAAGAGGAGUUUGGAAUCUCAGUGCAGGUUCAGGAUCUCAGUUGGUUCACUCAGUGGUUUUCAGACACUUUUUAUUUUGCUCCACAAUUAAGUGUGGGGGAGCUGGUUUUACCACAUUUAUGUGCUAACUUUGGACCAAUUUAUAUGUGUAAACUAAGACGACUCAACUAGCUGGCUAUUUAAUAUAAUGCAGUUUAAAUGGAAUGAAAUUCACUGCAAGAGUGCCCUCUAACGACCAAACAUAAAACUUCUUGUGAAUACCCUUUGUUGCUUUUUCAGUACAAAAGCAAUAGCAGCAAACUGUUUUUAAAGAAUAUAAGAAUAACAUCUUUGCAUAGGACUUGUAAGAUUUGCAUGGUUUAGGAAAGUUUGGUAGACAAUGUACUUCUUUAGUAAAAAUACUGUAGUUUACUGUACUAUAUAGUAAAUACUACAGUAUUCCUAGAGACUGUAGUGUUAUUGGACUUUACUAUAGGUAUUAUUAAAGGGAUAGUUCACUUUAAAACGAAAAUUCUGUCAUUAUUUACUCAUCCUCAUGUU